GAGUAAGCGUUGUUGACAACCACAGAAACUGCAGCUCAGGUUUGAGAGUGGAGCUGUCCCACAGGCGCGAUGACAGAGGUGGAGGAAACCCUCAAGAGAAUCCAGAGCCACAAAGGGGUCAUUGGAACGAUGGUGGUCAAUGCAGAAGGCAUUCCGAUCCGAACUACCCUGGACAACUCGACAACGGUCCAGUACGCAGGUCUUCUCCAUCAGCUGACCAUGAAGGCCAAGAGCACAGUCCGGGACAUUGACCCCCAGAACGAUCUGACUUUCCUUAGGAUCAGAUCGAAGAAACACGAAAUCAUGGUAGCCCCAGAUAAGGAGUAUCUUCUGAUUGUCAUCCAGAACCCCUGUGAGUAGACCUGCUGCGGCCCACUCAGCCCUCAUGACGACACCUGGAAGCCCUUCACUCCUCCAGCCCGUAAAAUUGACCCUAACUGAGUCUGGAGACAUGCUCUCCUGUUUUGAAAACGAAACACUCUACACGUCUGUCUCCGUUAGUCCCCUUUGACCAUACUGUGGUCUUGUGCUUUUACUGUAUAAUAAACAAUUUCUGU